UAUGGAGACUCAUCUGAGAACAAUUCCAAGUGAAGCAUUUUCUAAUCUCCCCAACAUCUCCAGGAUCUAUAUCUCCAUAGAUGCUACGUUACAAAGGCUGGAGGCCCAUUCCUUCUACAAUUUAAGUAAAGUCACUCAUAUAGAAAUUCGCAAUGCUAGAAAUCUACAUUACAUAGAUCCAGAUGCCUUUAAGAUCCUCCCACUGUUAAAAUACCUUGGAAUUUUCAACACUGGAAUUAUGAUAUUUCCUGACCUCACCAAAAUCUAUUCAGCUGAUGUGAACUUUUUACUUGAAAUUGCAGAUAAUCCUUAUGUGACUUCAGUGCCUGCAAAUGCGUUCCAUGGGCUAUGUAAUGAAUCCCUUACACUCAAACUCUACAAUAAUGGCUUCACUAGGGUCCAAGGCUAUGCUUUCAAUGGGACGAAGCUGGAUGCUGUCUACCUGCACAAGAACAAAUACCUGAAAGUUAUUGAAGAACAUGCAUUUUUGGGAGUGAACAGUGGACCAACUCUGCUUGAUGUCUCCCGGACCAGUGUUGCUACCCUUCCAACAAAAGGACUGGAAAACCUUAAAGAACUGAUGGCUAAAAAUACAUGGACAUUGAAGAAACUACCUCCCGUAAAGACUUUUCUUCAUCUAAUGCGAGCUGACCUGUCCUAUCCAAGCCACUGCUGUGCUUUCAAGAACUGGAAGAAAACCAAAGGAAUUCUGGAAUACAUGAUGUGUAACCAGACCAGCAGUCACAGCUUUCGUAAGAAAAGAUCCGUCAGUACCUUCAAUGGCCCUUUUUACCAUGACUAUGCAGAAGAGGAUGUAGACCGCACUGACACCGUGUAUGCUGAAAACUCCAAAUUCAGGGAUUUUCAUGGCAACUCCCACUACUACAUUUUUUUUGAAGAGCAGGGGGAUAGAGAUGUUGGGUUUGGCCAAGAGCUCAAGAACCCUCAAGAGGACAACAUCCAGGGGUUUGACAGCCAUUACGACUAUACAGUCUGUGGUGGCAGUGAAGACAUUGUAUGCACUCCAGAGCCUGAUGAGUUUAAUCCCUGUGAAGACAUAAUGGGCUAUAAAUUUCUAAGGAUUGUGGUAUGGUUUGUGAACCUGCUGGCUAUCCUGGGUAAUGUUUUUGUCCUCUUCAUCCUUCUCACCAGUCAUUACAAGUUGACUGUCCCACGGUUUCUGAUGUGCAACCUGGCUUUUGCUGAUUUCUGCAUGGGACUGUACCUUCUCCUGAUUGCUUCGGUGGAUCUCUACACUAGGUCAGAAUACUACAACCAUGCCAUAGACUGGCAGACUGGGCCUGGCUGCAACACAGCUGGCUUUUUCACUGUCUUUGCCUGUGAGCUUUCUGUAUACACACUGACUGUGAUCACCCUGGAGCGCUGGUAUGCCAUCACCUUUGCUAUGCGCCUGGACAGGAAGCUUCGCCUUCGGCAUGCUUUGAUCAUCAUGCUGGGUGGUUGGCUCUCAUGCUUUCUUCUCGCCCUCUUGCCACUAGUUGGAGUCAGCAGCUACAUCAAAGUCAGUAUCUGCCUUCCCAUGGAUACCGAAACACCGUUGGCUCAAGCCUACAUUUUCUUUGUUUUAAUGCUGAACAUCAUUGCCUUUAUUAUCAUCUGUGCUUGCUACAUAAAAAUCUAUAUAACUGUGCGAAACCCUGAGUACAAGUCCGGAGACAAAGACACCAGAAUUGCUAAAAGGAUGGCUGUGUUGAUUUUCACUGACUUCCUAUGCAUGGCACCUAUCUCAUUCUAUGCUUUGUCUGCCAUCAUGAACAAGCCCUUGAUAACAGUCAGUAAUUCCAAGAUCCUGCUAGUGCUGUUCUACCCACUCAACUCUUGUGCCAACCCAUUCCUCUAUGCUAUUUUCACCAAGGCUUUCCGAAGGGAUGUCUUCAUCCUGCUCAGCAAAUUUGGCAUAUGUGAACAUCAGGCUCAAAUCUACCGUGGCCAGACAGUCUCAGCCAAAAACAGCAGUGGUUCUUAUGGCCAGAAAGGCUGCCGAGGGACAGGUCAGGACUACCAUGACCCUCAUGAUUACUAUCACCCUGUAAUUGCAAUGCAAGAGCAAAUUGUUGUGGAAGCACCUGAAAGCAUCACAACUGCAGUGCGAUCAAUCAGAUGGUAA